AUGCGAAGUUCUAGACUUUUCGCGGCGGCUGCCUUCGUAGCUAGCCACGCCGUCCAGAUCUUCGCGGCUGACAUCAGUCCGACAGAGCCUGCCAACUUCAAUGUUGUUGAUGCGCUUCAGGAGCUAGGCAUUGUCAUUUCCGAGGUUCCAAACCUAUCCGGCUUUGACAAGAGGUCAGAGAUAGGCUGUUCUGCUGCGUGUGGCACCUUGAAGUUUGUCUAUGGCGAUGAUGCUGUCGAAACGAGGAAUGGAUCUGCGUACACUGAGUUCGUCAGCUCAUACUGGUCUGGGAAUCAAGCCCAGGUUAGCCCUUAUUGUGUCUUCAAGCCGUCGAGGCCGGAACAAGUAUCUGUCGUGGUGCUAAUGUCCCGUCUCACGCAGUGCCCAUUUGCUGCCAAAAGCGGUGGUCACGCUGCAAUGGCGGGCGCGUCCAACGUUCAGGACGGUAUCACCAUCUCUUUCCAGAACAUGAAGAGCAUCUCGCUGUCUGCCGAUAAGAAGAUUGCCUCGAUCCAACCAGGUAACAUCUGGGGUGAUGUCUACCGGGAGCUCACAAAGUCUGGUCUGAAUGUCAUUGGCGGUCAGAUAUACGACAUCGAUUUCUCCAACCUUUACGGCUGGGCCUGUGAUAACGUCGAAAGCUACGAUGUCGUCACCGCCACCGGCGCCAUAAUCCGAGCACCAGCCACCCAGUUCCCGGACCUGUACUGGGCCCUACGCGGCGGCGGCAACAACUUUGGCCUCGUCGUGAGCUUCAACCUCCGGACCAUCUCGCUCCCAGGCGGCAAGAUGUGGGGUGGUUCCCGGACCUACCUCGAAGAUUCGUUCCCUGCGCUCUCUGGGGCUUACGCCAACUUCAUUGCCAACGCGGAAAAGGACCCCAAGGCCGGCUUGUGGCACGUAUACGCCUACUACAACGGCACCAAGCUUUCGCUCCCGACACUCUAUUACGCUGAGCCGGACGGCGGAGAGGCCGACAUCUUUUCCGAAUGGAACGCUAUUCCUGCCAUCUCGGAUACGACGCAGAACCGAAUCAUCGCUGACUGGGCUGCGAAAGGAGCCGAGGAUUCACCGCCGGGCCCGCGGGAGAUUUAUGGCGUCAUUAGCAGCAAAGCCGAUAAGGGAGUCGUUGAUGCCGCGCAGGAGAUCUACUUUGAAGAGGUCCUUGCCGUGACGGAUCUGCCCGGCGUUAUUCCCUCUCUGGUGUUCCAGGGCAUCACCGUUCCGAUGCUGAAGCACAUGCAGCAGAACGGGGGCAAUGCGCUUGGUCUCGGUGUCGAAGACGGCCCGUUCUAUAUUAUUCAAUUAGCCGUAAUGUGGAGUAACGAAGAGGACGACGAUGCGAUUUACUCCUUCACGCGCGGGGGGGUGGCGAACGAUUACAUCUACAUGAACUACGCUGCGCAGUUCCAGGAUGUUAUCAGUGGUUACGGCGCGGAUAAUAAGGCUAAACUCAAGAGCAUUGCGAAAAAGUAUGAUCCCAAGGAGGUUUUCCAGAAGCUACAGCCUGGGUAUUUUAAGCUGGACCGGGCCCCGGUCCCGAGUUCCAAGUACUUCAACUGGUAG